UUUGUCUGGGGUGUGGCGUGCGUGUUCGCUGUGGCCGUGGGUUAGGCAGUCUGUCACUGUGCUGCACAGUCUGGGAGCGGCGGGGAAACGGGGGACAUGCUGGGGCUUGGAACAGGCGGGGCAGCUAAGCCCCCAAAGCAGCCGUCGUUUGUGUCCUACCUGACUCCUGAGGAAAUAGACAUAAAGGAAAAGGAGUCCUCCGCAGAGAAGGCGGACCAUGUUCCAUUGUUACCAGGAGAAUUUCUGUUGUGUGAAGCCAACACGGUGCUGAAAUGCACGCAGGACGAGGGAUCACAGAGAGGAGUCUAUGGAAGGCUCAUCUGUACCAACUUCAGGGUCACAUUUCUUGGAGAUGAACCCCCAGAUGAUAACAUUCCAGAAUUCAAGAACAAGAUAUUUGGUGAAAAUGACAUAACACUCCAGUGUGUGGACCAAUUAUAUGGAGUUUAUGAUGAUAAAAAGAAAGUUAUUCUGUCUGGGCAAAGCCUGAAGAAAUACCCAGAACGGCUCAUCAUCUAUUGCAAAGACUUCCGUGUGUUUCAUUUCUGCCUGAGCUACACUAAAGAAGAGGAAGUCAAGAGGAUUGUGAGCGGUAUAAUUCAUCAUACUCAGAGCCCAAAGCUUCUGAAACGCCUGUUCCUAUAUUCAUACGCAGCAGCUGUGCCGCGCUACAAAGUGACUUCCUUAAUGGAGAAGACGAUAAUGUUUGAGACUGUGAAGGACUGGAUGGCAGAGCUGGAGCGGACUAAAGGGAACUUGCAUUACAAAGUACUGACUACCAAUGAAGGGUACAACAUUUCAGAAAGAUUGCCGCCGUAUUUUGUCGUGCCAAUGUCUCUGCCUGAAGACACUCUGACUGAUUUCCAGGGUCGGGGAGUUCCUAUAUGGUGCUGGUCUUGUCCUAAUGGGUCAGCUCUAUUAAAAAUGGCUUCACUGCCAAAAGACGUGGACGACGUGGCUCUGCAACAUCAAAGAACAUUUUUGGAUCGUGUGGAAAAGACCCUUCACCUACCCCCUUAUGAGGAAGUAAGAAUAGAAGACCUGACCACCAGCCUGCCGUCAUUAUCAGAAGUGCAGAUUGCCUACUGCCGAUUUAAGCAGCUCUUUCUGAUCGAAAAUUCAACAGACUUUUGGGACACUGAUUUAAAAUGGUUCUCCUCACUGGACACCUCGAACUGGAUGGAAAUUAUAAGGCAGUGCCUAAAGAAAUCAGUUGAAGUAAUUGAGUACUUGGAGACCCAGAAACAAAAUGUGGUUCUAAAAGAAGACGGUGCUUCCGACUUCUGUUGUGUUAUCUCAAGCCUUGUUCAAAUCAUGAUGGAUCCAUACUGCCGCACCAAGAUUGGCUUCCAGAGCCUUAUUCAGAAGGAGUGGGUUAUGGGAGGUCACUGCUUUUUGGACCGGUGCAACCAUCUACGGAAAAACGAGAAUGAGGCUCCUGUUUUCCUGGUAUUUUUGGACUGCGUGUGGCAGCUGGUCCAGCAGUACCCUCUCGCCUUUGAAUUCACAGAGACUUAUCUCACCGUUUUGUCGGACAGCAUCAAUAUACCAAUUUUUAGUACCUUUUUCUUCAACUCUCCAUGGCAAAAGGACACACACAGCUUGGUAGAAGGAAGACACGGGAAACAAGGCGAGUCUUUGAGAUUUUACACCGUCUGGGACUGGUCCGUGCAAUUUGAACCAAAGGCGAUUUCGUUUUUAAAUAACCCUCUGUAUGUGGAGAAAUCCAAGCUGGAGAAAAAUUCCCGUAAAGCUAUACGUACCAAGCACCAAAGGCAGCUGUCCUUGCCGCUGACGCAGUCGAAGACUCCAAACAAGAGAGGGUUUUUUAAAGACGAGACUGGACCAUUUAUAAAGACUCUACUUGGCAAGAGAAUCAGCAAGCUAAUAAGUGCCUUAGAUGAUGUGCCAAAUAACGGGUGGGCAUUUUAUGAGAGCUGGCACAGAAAACCCGUGGACUUCCAUGGACUUAUCCUUCCACACCUCGAGGGGCCUGACAUUCGAAUUUGGGCCCAGCGCCAUUUGCGCUGGAUUCCAGAGGCCCAGGUUUUGGGUGGAGGAAACGUGGCCACCAUGCAGAAGAUUUUAGAAGUCAUGGAUGAAUUGAAAAGCCUGAAGAAAAAACUAGAGAAAAACCCCACCUUACCUCAGUAUCCCAUAAAGGAAAACGAGACGGAAGCAAGGCGUAAAAAAUCAGUGAGGCGUUCGUCACUCUACCCGUUUGCCAUGCUGCACGUCAGCUCGUUUAGACCGGCCAUUUCCACCACGUCAUGGCGUAGCUGGGAGCCGGAGGAUGAGAUUGUGAACAGAGAAGAUGAAUUCAUUGACCUGGGCAAGAUAUAACCUAGGCCCGGGUUCGGGCUCCAUAGAAUAACUGUAAUUUAUUUCCAUUGGCAUAAUUCAGUGGCUUUUAUCAAUGGUUUUUAGAUUGAAAUACCCAACGUCCAGUUUACAAACAAAAAGAGAACAAGAUAUUAUAUUCAUUCCAAAAUAAUACUGGAGAAUAAUCUACAGAGCUUUCUUGUAGAAAGGAAUAAAAUGCAAUACCUGUUAAGAGUUGCCAUUUGCAUUGGUGAGUCCAUAUAUGCCCACCUAAUCAUGCCUUGACCAACCUAAAUAAACUCUACUUUAAAACCC